CGCCCUUUGCGCGGGGGUGACAGGUGGGGCUGGGCUCAGAGAAGCCAAAAUGGCGGACUUCGAGGAUCGGGUGUCGGAUGAGGAGAAGGUGCGUAUAGCUGCAAAAUUCAUCACUCAUGCACCGCCUGGGGAAUUCAAUGAAGUGUUUAAUGAUGUCCGGUUGCUGCUUAACAAUGACAAUCUUCUUAGGGAAGGGGCAGCCCAUGCAUUUGCUCAGUAUAACAUGGAUCAGUUCACUCCCGUGAAGAUAGAAGGGUACGAUGACCAGGUAUUAAUUACAGAACAUGGUGACCUGGGUAAUGGCAGAUUUUUAGACCCAAGGAACAAGCUUUCCUUUAAGUUCGACCAUUUAAGGAAAGAAGCCAGUGAUUCCCAGCCAGAGGACACAGAUGCAGCACUCAAGUCUUGGAGGGAUGCUUGUGACAACGCAUUAAGAGCCUAUGUGAAGGAUCACUACCCUCAUGGCUUUUGUACCGUUUAUGGGAAGACUAUAGAUGGGCAGCCAACGGUCAUUGCUUGCAUUGAGAGUCACCAGUUUCAGCCCAAAAAUUUCUGGAAUGGGCGCUGGAGGUCAGAGUGGAAGUUUACCAUCACACCACCUACGGCUCAAGUGAUUGCUGUACUCAAAAUCCAGGUGCAUUACUAUGAAGAUGGUAACGUACAGCUGGUUAGUCACAAAGACAUACAGGAUUCUGUAGCAGUUUCGAAUGAUGUUCAGACAGCCAAGGAUUUUAUUAAAAUUAUUGAACAUGCAGAAAAUGAGUAUCAGACAGCGAUCAGCGAAAAUUACCAGACUAUGUCAGACACCACGUUCAAAGCCUUACGCCGGCAACUGCCUGUCACCCGUACCAAGAUUGACUGGAACAAAAUCCUCAGCUACAAGAUUGGCAAAGAAAUGCAGAAUGCCUAAGGCCAGAGCUGAAGUGGUGUAGGAAAUGUUAGCAUGCAAAAA